AUGCUAAAGAUCGAAAAUAUGCCUACCGAGGAGGAACAACCUGGCAAUAGUGAUGGGCAGCAGAAGGAUCAACCAGCACCCACCGCAAGUAAGGAAAAUCUUGAAACAAAACCUGCCAGUGAAACGAUAGCGGAGCACGAACAAAAGUCUGACACAUCCACAGCGGAACGACCGCCGGUAGAAGACAGCAAACCUGCACAAAUAAAAACAGAGCCGGUCUCUGCCACAGACAACACUGGCGACGAUGGCGUCAAACCAGAGGUUGACUCUUCAGCCGACAGCAGUAACGCGUCUGGGCGCGUAAAAACAGAACCCUUGUCGGAGGUAAUAAAAACAGAAUCUAGUCCCCAGCAUCAACAGCAUACCUCCUCCGUUCCUUCGACGGAUGCAGUUCCUGCAGUAGAAAAAGUGUCGACACCGGUUGCGAGUCGAGCGGAAGAGGACGACGAGGAGGAGGAAGACGAUGAUGAAGAACCGGGUGAUAAUGAGGAGCAGGAGGAGCAACAGCAACAUCAGCAACAGUCACAACAACGCAGCAACAAACAGCGAAGUGAGGGUAGUUACACCAAUGAAGAAGAAUCAGGUCACAAUGCGGCACACCAGCGACAGGAUCAGUCUCAAACACCGACCGGUGGUCAGUUCUAUGAGGAUGACGAGGAGGACGAUGAGGACGAGGGCGAGGAACCGUCAGAGUUGAGGCAGCUGUUCGAACCGAUCAAUGAUGCACAGGCGCUGAGUGAAGACGAGGAGGAUGGUGAUUACAUACCGGACGAGGAGGUGAAAAAGACGAUCAUGGUAGGGAGUGACUUCCAGGCCGUUAUACCGGAGGGUUUAUGCAGGUAUGAUGAUGCAUUGCCGUACGAGAACGAGGACAAACUACUUUGGAACCCGACCAUACUGAACGAGCAAGCGAUUGAGGAGUAUCUCGUGAAAAUCACCGGUCCUGCGGGUGGUUUAGGAACCGCGGGUGGUGGUGGUGCUGUUGCUGCUGGUGGCGGUGGUGGUGGGCAACAGAAAAGCGCAGCUGGUUCAGCUGGCGGUACCGCCACGAGCGAUCCCCAGUCGAACAGUGUGUAUGCGAUACCGCUCGGAAAUCAUCUGCGGGACGACGAACAGUCGCUCUAUCUGCUGCAACAGUGCGGACACAACGUGGACGAAGCAUUGCGCCGAAAGCGCAUCAGCAACAACUCCGUUCCAGUGCCCGAGCAGCAGAUGAGCAUAUGGUCGGAGGAAGAAUGUCGGAACUUUGAGAAUGGGUUGCGCGUGCACGGGAAGGACUUCCACAUGAUCCAACAGACGAAGGUUCGCACCCGAUCCGUCGGUGAGCUGGUACAGUUUUACUACCUUUGGAAGAAAACCGAACGGCACGACCUGUUCGCCAGCAAGGCACGGUUGGAGAAGAAAAAGUACAACCUUCAUCCCGGCUUAACCGACCAUAUGGAUCGGUUUCUGGAGGAGCAGGAAAACAGUACCGGGUUCGGUGACCGCAGUUCGUCACCGGGCUUCAACAGUUUGUACAAUAGCGCCUCGGAAGCGAAGCGACAGCGGCUGCUCGACUCGAAAGAGAACAACACUGCCUCCUCGAAACGUUCCGCCUCGAAUCUGUGACUCGUGGUUAGGCGGAAGGGAUUGAAGUUGCGGCUGAAGGAGCGCAAAUAAGCGGUUUUUUCGGGGGGAAGCAGACAGGCCACAACUAUCGACACAGCCUUUCGUCACGAUCACGGGGCAACGAUGAUCUUCGCUAUCAUCGCCAAUGAAAUCAUCAUUUUGUGCCAACCGGCACAUCAUCUAUCCGCGGCGGUCAGUGGAUAGGCACAGUGCGCAACGGGUAACAAUCGGCACAAACACAGACAGAUCUGCCCAAUAGCGCAGAAUUGAAAAACCGAGUUUUAUCAACUAGCUUUACAAUAAAUUCUUCGUGGGAAUGACCGUACAAUUGUUAGCUGAGGAUAGAAUUCGCGCUAGGAACUGAAGGCAGGAACCUUAACCGUACUAUUGCGUGUAGAUCGAUCGGUGUUAUGAGUAGCUUUUGUAUCGAUGCUUUGUCAGGAUUUGUUAGAACUAGACCAGAGACAACAACUCAGACCAAUACCAGUUUGUUAAACGCCUAUACAUGUAGAAUGUAACACAGCAAAUAUUGGUAAACAGUACCAAACAUGGUGUAUGUUCGAUGAGCAAAGAAAAGGACGAUAGAAUACAUCGUUUUUUGCUACUGUUGAUCUAUUAGUUUCGCUUAGUCAGCCAGGUGUGAAAGAAGAUUUCUUUACAUGAAUGGUGCUUUGGUGUUUUUUUGUGCGUGAUUGUGAAAAUAAAUGGUAAAAUAACAUCGCAAUCGGUACGAACAUUUGUUUUCAACAUAGCGAGGAGAAUUUUUAGUUUAUUUUGUGGAUUCGUUUUUAUAAGUACGAGAGCUAUCGUGAGAUAAACCAUGAAAGAAGGACAGAAAGACCGACAAAUGGUGUUUAAAUUAAUGCAAUUUUUUCAUGUACAGAUACAGGAUACAGAUGUCGGAUACGAAACGCUUCGGGCAGGUUUAUUAUUAUUAUUGCUUUUUUAUUGGAAACGCACACAAUUAUCCCUACAGCGGUGAUCGCAGGUUCGAGUUGUAGGUUACGCAGUAGGUAGAGUUUAUUGUAAAAUUUACUCUUGCGCGAGUGUGCGCGAGGAUCGUUAAGAUAAAAACAGCGUGUAAACAAGGAUAUUAUUCAUCAUACAGUGAAAACAUUAAUUUAUAGAAUGCCAUCUUAUGAGCACCCUACAUCCCCAACACGAAACACUGUAAAAAGCGUUAACAGAGUACCCCGGCAGUAUAUGUUGAAUGUUUGUUUGUACAAGUAAGAGAGCAUGUGAGCAGCGGAUAGUCAUAUAGAAAUGGGAAGUAUGUAUAAGCCGGUAGGAAGAUGCAGGUUGCGUUAGAUUGUGUUGGUAGUACACGGAAGGAUGUGUAAGACAAGUAUUUUCAUAUUAUUUUUGUAUAAAAAUUCCUUAGAAAACAUGGUAAAUAGUAGGAGGGGAAGGUUUGUGUUUUUGAGAGAAAAGGCUACAAAAAAGGGAGAAAAAAGUAAGGAAACAAAUAAAAGAAAAUGUCAAUCGCUUUAUGUGUGAAGCAGCAGAAAACAAAACAACAAAACAAAAAAUAUAUUUGAAGCAAAACAAAUCGAUUACAAACAAAAUUAUUACACGAAACAUGAACAUGAAAAGUGCAAUGAAUUGAGGAAAAGCUAAAGUAUUAAAUCAAAAAUUAAACCACUACUUGUGUGUGCACUCUUGGAACGUUCUACCUUUUCGACAUAAUCAAACAAACAAAAUUCGAUAUGUAACAAAAUACAUGCAUUUAUGGAAAUAAUUCUAGGACGCAAAAUGAAAGGAGCAUACACAUUAAUCGCUAAUUUUGGCAAUUCAUUCGCGCACACAUAAAUGGUGACGUUUGUACAAGGUGUCAAGUGGUGGACAGUGGAGCCCAGACGAGUUGGGAGCAAAAUGGUGAACAAUGUAACAACAAUACAAUGAUUACAAAGUAAAAAACCAUAAUUUCACAAGCAAACAAACGUAGAUUUUGUGUAUUGUUACUUUAUAAGUGUACGUCUGCUGU